AUGGGGAAACUGAGGCCUGGAGAGGGAAAAGAGCCUGACUGGGGUCACCCAGUGGGAGAGGGGCCGGGCGGCAACGAUGAUUUACAGAGCAGUGCUCCGGCGAAGCGUCACGGGCUGCGCGCUUCGAGGGCGCUUCGAGGCCCGGCGGGGCGCAGUGGCAGCGAGCGGCUCCCCCACAGUUCCCCAGCGCAGGCUCUCCGACACACCCGCGACCAUCCAAACCAGGAAAACAGGAGUCCGAGGAUGGGCGCUCGCUCCCGCCACGCGAACCCAUCACGCACACACCCACUGAGGCACAAGGGCCCGGGACCCCGGAACUCUCCUCUCCCCUCGACGAUCCCUGCGCCAUCCCAAAGUUCCCGGACUCAAGCGUUGCUGGGACGCAAGCGUCGAAUCUCCGGCCGCGGCGCCCGCCCCCUCUCCCGCCCGCCGGCUGUGCCUCCGCUCACCUCACCGCCGCCGCUGCGCUCGCGGGGCGCACGACUCCGCGCGCCUCCACUGGCGCCGCGGCCCCCGCAGCCGCCACCGCGUCUUGCGAGGCGGCACCGUGUGGGGGCGGGGACGGGGGCGGGACCACAGCCUGCCCGGCAGCUUCUCUGGCCAGUGGCGCACUGCGGCCGCCCCUCCGAGGCCAAUCGGGGCGCGAGGGCGGGGCCUUUCUGCCCCCACCGGGGGGGCGGAGGGUUUGACAGGCGGCGGCCCGCUGGAGUCCCACGUUGCCCGCAGCCCUUCGGCCUCGGAGACUAA